ACUCCCGCAGACGAAACAUCGAUUCUCCCGCGGUGAGAUGCAUCCUGUGAUUGUUAUCUGUAUCAGUGCAUUUUUACCCUGUAUUUGGGCUCAGACCAAUAAUGUGUGUAAAACUAUCGAGGAUUAUAAAUCCAUGGAAGGGAAUCCUAAUUGUAGAUUUGAUUUUUAUGUCAAUUCAACUGUGCCAGAAAUAAUAAGACAAACAGGAAGACCUUUAGAAAUUCACCAUGUAACCACUGAAGAUGGUCAUAUUUUGACAGUUUUUCGAAUGCCUAAUAACAAAAGGAAAAAUCCGAUAUUUUUACAACAUGGAUUAAUCACAACAAGUGCUAAUUGGAUUUCAUUGGGUGAUGAUUCUCUAGCUUUUCAAUUAUUCGAUAAUGGAUAUGACGUUUGGUUGGGCAACUAUAGAGGUAACCAUUAUUCUCCCGACCACGUCAGAUAUUCUAUAAAUGAUAAAGAGUUUUGGAAUCAUUGUUUAGAUGAAAUUUCAUUAUUUGACAUCCCAGCGAUGUUAAAACUCGUCGCGAGGGAAACACAAGGCCAGGGAAAAAUUGUGUACAUUGGCCAUUCUUUGGGCACAACGCUAGCUUUGAUGUACACAUCAGACAAGGUCGAGGAAGCGACAAAAUUGAUGAAAAUGCAAAUUCUCACCGCACCGGCGGCGACACUCGGUAACAUUCGCGCGGUUAUACGAUUUGCAGUGCCGUUUACAGAUCUCAUCUAUAAUACCGUUAAUCAAAUUGAAGGUCUUUCAAAUAUCAUUUCUAAGGAGGAUACUACCAAAGCGUUAUUGAGAACACUCUGUAUGGAUUCACCUGAGAUGAUGGGGCAGUGCAUGAAUAUGUUGUUUUUAAUUUACGGACCGAAAACAGGUGUUUAUCCGGAGAAGUACCCGAUGUAUUUCCAACAACAUCCUGCUGGUACCGCCUUCAAAGUACUAAAACAAUGCGGAGAUAUGGCACGAAAUCGAUUUAGGAAAUUUGAUUACGGAUUCGCUGAAAAUAUGAGAAGAUAUGGUACCUCCACACCACCUAUUUAUGACCUAUCCAAAAUUCGUGUUCCUACUAUCGUCAUCAUGGCCAGAAAUGAUUGGUUGACACCAAAAGAAGAUGCAAUUAAAUUAUAUAGAAAUCUCUCUCCGGAAUUUCGACGAGGAUUGUUUGAAAUUACAGAAGAGAACUUUAACCAUAUAGAUUUUAUGUUUGGUGCCAAAGCAAAAUCAUUAUACGUGGAUAAAGUUUUAAUUCUUUUAGAAAAGUACACUUAGAAGCUUGGAUUCUCCACUGGUUUAGAUGUUGUGGUACAAAUGUGAUUUAGCACCUAUUAAUUAGUUCUAGGAAGUUGAUGGUAUACCAAAUAUUGUGACUCUUGUCAUAAUUAUUACGACCUAAUAAACUAAAACUUGUAAAACAUUAA